CGACCCUGAUGGGGCACAUCCGGCAGCUAUGAGGCGGCUAGAGGCUGUGCCCACUGCGGGUCCACCGCAGACACACGCAGAAGCGAGGUGGGCGCUGGCGUCUCGGCUGUCCACACACAGCAGGAAUCAUGCUGAGCGCAACACCCAGCAAGCUGCGACGAUUUUGUGCUUUGGUGCUGUUGGUUGUGAAUCUGUCAAAAGUCACAUGCUCGGAUCAGAAGACUAACAUCCGGGAGGCGGAGAGGCAGGUGAUGGAGCACGUCCUGAGCCCGAGCCGCUACGACGCGCGGCUGCGGCCCCCGGGAUACAAUGGCACAGAGAGUCCCACUGUGGUAAAAGUUAACAUCUUUGUACGCUCCAUCAGCAGAAUAGAUGAUCAGCAUAUGGAAUAUGACGCGCAGUUGACGUUCAGAGAGCAGUGGUUUGACGACAGGCUCAAGUUUGACGAUUAUGGAGGUAAAAUCAAAUAUCUAACACUGACAGAUCCCAGCAGAAUAUGGAUGCCAGAUUUAUUUUUUAGCAACGAGAAGAAAGCACACUUUCACGAUGUAGUAAUGCCUAAUGUCUAUGUACGAAUAUUUCCUCUUGGGUCCGUUCUCUACAGUACCAGAAUCUCAAUGACACUCUCGUGUCCCAUGGACCUGAGGCUGUACCCACACGAUCGACAGGUGUGCUCCAUCAGGAUGGCCAGCUAUGGUUGGACGACUGAAGACCUGGUGUUCAUGUGGAAAGACGGCGACCCGGUGCAGGUGGUCAAGAACCUGCGCCUUCCACGCUUCACGCUAGAGAAGUUCGUUACUGAUUACUGCCACGCCAGGACAAACACAGGCGAGUACAGCUGCCUUAAAGUGGAACUGGUGUUUAAACGCGAGUUCCGCUACUACAUGGUGCACAUCUACAUUCCGACUUUUAUGCUGGUGAUAGUGUCGUGGCUAUCGUUCUGGCUGGAUCAGAGAGCCAUCACGGCACGGACGUGCCUGGUGGUCACGACGGUGCUCACCAUCACCAUCCAGACCUCGGGCGUCAGAAAGUCGCUGCCCGUCGUCAACUACGUCAUGGCCGUCGAGGUGUGGCUCGGGAUGUGCGUCUCGUUCGUGUUCGGCGCACUGCUGCAGCUGGCGCUGGUCAACUACCUGGCCCGCAAAGAGGCGUGCCGAGGCGCCGCCAAGCGGCACAACCGCCUCGUCGGCCCGGAGCACUCUGCACAGCUGGAGGAGAUCAGCGAGGCUCUCGUCGAGGACGGCAGCGCGGCAUUCGCUAUGAAGCUGCUGGAGGAGCAGUCCAACAGCCCCACGGCUGACAAGGAGGCGGCGGCCCAGGGCGGAAGGUGCUCGCCGCGGCAGUGGUGGCGCACCUGGAUGGCCAGCUUCCCCACGGGCUCGCAGCGCGCCGAUGCCGCAUCGCGCGUCCUUUUCCCUCUCGCCUUCUCCCUGUUCUGCCUCGUCUACUGGUGCGUCAACGCCUCCGGAUAACAGCAACACCAGUUGCUCGGCAGUGUCCUACGAUGGUAGUGGAAGUAACCCUCCACACAUAUUUGCAGAUGCACAAGCAUUUAUACCUAUUAUAGAAUGAAAAAUAAGUAUUAAAGUACUGUAUAAUUCUCUGUUCAUCAUUACUCUUACUGUAUCGACAUUACUGUUCGACGGCAAUUUCGUUAUACGAGGUUUGUCCGGAAAAUACGUACAAAAGUUGAAUAAUAACUUUAUUUUACAAUUAUUCAGGUAUUACAAUACGGUCUCCUUCAAAGUACUCGCCCUAAGACGCGAUACACUUCUGUCAACGCCGUUUACACUGUUGAUAAUAUUGCUGAAAGUCUUCAGUUGUGAUGUUGUUCAGUUGCCGUGUCGUUUCCGCCUUGAUGGCUUCCACAUCUCCCAAGUGCCUCCCUCGAAGCACUAUUUUGCAUUUCUGGAACAUGAAGAAGUCACUUGGGGCUAAAUCGGGUGAAUAAGGCGGGUGGUCUGUCACGGUGAUUGAGCUUCGGGCCAAAAACUCGCGCACAACGAGCGACGUGUGAGCGGGCGCAUUGU